CAAAAUCAUUCAUUCUUCAACGAUCUCAGAAGAGAAAAAGAAGAACCCAAGAUCGACUCUUAUUACGAAUCUCCCAACUUUUUCCUCAGCUUACGGAACUCCCAUACAUACACAAGAACCAGAUCGAAGAUUCAUUGUACAUCUAUAUAUACAUAUAUGGACCAGUAUUCAUCGUCGUCUUUGGUUGAUACUUCUUUAGAUCUCACUAUCGGCGUUACUCGUAUGCGAGUUGAUGAAGAUUCAACGAAUACAAAUGCUUUGGUGGAUGAAUUAAACCGAGUGAGAGCUGAGAACAAGAAGCUCUCGGAGAUGCUAACUUUGAUGUGUGACAAUUACAACGUUUUGAGGAAGCAGUUGAUGGAAUAUGUUAACAAGAGCAACAUGGCCGAGAGAGACCAAAUCAGUCCUCCCAAGAAACGCAAAUCUCCGGUGAGAGAUGACGCAAUUAGUUCGGCGGUUAUCGGUGGAGUGUCGGAGAGUAGCUCGACGGAUCAAAGUGAUCAGUAUCUGUGUAAGAAGCAGAGAGAAAAGACUGUUGUAAAGGAGAAAGUCUCAAGAGUUUAUUACAAGACCGAAGCUUCUGACACUACCCUUGUUGUGAAAGAUGGAUAUCAAUGGAGGAAAUAUGGACAGAAAGUGACUAGAGACAAUCCAUCCCCAAGAGCUUACUUCAAAUGUGCCUGUGCUCCAAGCUGUUCUGUCAAAAAGAAGGUUCAGAGAAGUGUAGAGGACCAAUCCGUGUUGGUAGCAACUUAUGAGGGUGAACAUAACCAUCCAAUGCCAUCGCAGAUCGAUUCAAACAAUGGUUUAAACCGCUACGUCCCUCUUGGUGGUGCGGCUCCAUCAGCUGCUGCAGCCAACAGUAGUAGUAGCUUGGCUGAGCCUGUGACUACCGUUGAUCUGACUGAAUCCAAGAAAGUGAUGAGCCCAACAUCAAGAAUCGACUUUCCAGAAGUUCAGAAACUCUUGGUGGAGCAAAUGGCUUCUUCCUUGACAAAAGAUCCUAACUUUACGGCAGCGUUAGCCGCAGCUGUUACCGGAAGAUUGUAUCAGCAGAAUCAAACCGACAAGUAGUUUAGUUUCAAAUUUCGUUAGUGUUUUUAGAUUGAAAUUUGGCAUGAAAGAAAGAGUAGAUGAUAAUAAUCCCUUGUGAGACAGGAAAUGUAACAUGUAAUCGUUUUCAUACAAUCUUCAAUACAUUCGGCUUAGAAACUUCUCCUAGUUUAACAACAAAA